AUGGCAGACAAUUCGGUUCUAUUUCAAAUGCCUCGAUUCACCAAAGAUAACUAUGAAAAUUGGUAUAUCCGUAUGAAGGCAAUUUUAGGAGCACAAGAUGUGUGGGAAGUUGUUUCCAAAGGUUAUGAUGAGCCAGAAGAUGAGGCAACUUUGUCUCAAGCCGAAAAAGAUGUUUUACAAGCCAUGAGAAAGAAGGACAAAAAGGCGGUGAUGACCAUCCAUCAAUGUUUGGAUGAUGGAAUGCUACAAAGAGUUGCUAGUGCUAAAAAUGCAAAGCAACUAUGGGAGAUUCUUCAAAAUUCCUUCCAAGGAGUUGAUAAAGUAAAGAAGGUUCGCCUCCAAACGUUACGGGGUGAAUUUGAAGCAUUGCAUAUGAAGGAAUCUGAAUCAAUUUCAGAUUGUUUUUUGAGAGUCUUGGCUAUUGUAAAUCAACUAAGAAGAUAUGGUGAAACCACCAUGACUGAUACAAGGGUCGUUGAAAAGAUUCUUCGGUCAUUGGAUUCCAAAUUCAACUACAUUGUUGUAGCCAUUGAAGAGUUAAAGGAUUUAGAUUCCAUGACUGUUGAUCAACUCAUGGGUUCGUUGCAAGCUCAUGAAGAAAAGCUGGUGAAGAAACAAGAAGCUUUGGAGCAAGUGUUACAAACAAAGUUUUCGUUGAACGAAAGAGACGAAAAACAUAGAGGAAAUCAAAGGGGCCAAGGACGUGGAAAUGCACGUGGCCGAGGAAGAGGAAGAGGCCGUCGAAGAGGAGAAAGAAGCGGUCAACACACAACCAACAAUAAAGAAAAAAUCCAUGACUCACAACAAAUAAGAGGUCGUAGUAGAGGAAAUUACUCAAGGUCAUAUGGAAGGAGGUAUGAUAAGUCUCAAAUUCAAUGUUAUAAUUGUCAAAAGUAUGGUCAUUAUGCUUCGGAAUGUAGAAAUGUUGCUAACGAUGUUGAAAAAAAGGCUAAUUAUGUUGAUGAAGAAGUCGAGCCUACUUUGUUGUUGGCAUACAAAGGUGAAAGGAGUGAUCAAGAAGAUGUGUGA